GUGCUGGCGUGCUUGCGCCUCCUGUCUUGAAAGGGAGGUGAAGAAUAGUUUACUUUCCAGAGUUCAAGGUUUGGUUUCGGUGUUCGUCUGGAGUAAAGGGUUUUGCCGAGGCAUUAAGCCCCUUUUCACUGAACCAAUAUGCUGAACAUGUGGAAAGUUAGGGAGUUGGUUGACAAAGCAACCAAUGUGGUGAUGAACUACUCAGAGGUGGAGUCUAAAGUCAGAGAAGCCACCAAUGAUGACGCCUGGGGACCUUCAGGACAACUGAUGAGUGAAAUUUCUAGAGCCACCUUCAUGUAUGAGCAGUUCCCAGAAGUGAUGAACAUGCUGUGGGCCCGCAUGCUGAGGGACAACAAGAAGAACUGGAGAAGAGUCUAUAAGGCCCUGCUGCUGCUAGGCCAUCUAAUCAGGAAUGGGUCAGAGAGGGUUGUAACCAGUGCUAGAGAACAUCUGUAUGACCUGAGAUCAUUAGAAAGCUACCACUUUGUAGAUGAGAAUGGAAAGGAUCAAGGGAUCAAUGUGCGUCAGAAGGUGAAGGAGCUGGUGGAGUUUGUUCAGGAUGACGACAGGCUCCGGGAAGAAAGGAAAAAGGCAAAAAAGAACAAAGACAAAUACAUUGGUGUAUCCUCUGACAGUAUGGGAUACCGACCUUACUCGGGGGACAGGUACGACUCAAGUGAUAAUCGAGGAAGGUGGGAUGAUGACUGGGACAAGAGUAAAGGGCCAUUUCCCUUCAGCGAAAAGUUGGGGGAGAUCAGCGACAAAAUUGGCAGCACCAUUGAUGAUACUAUAAACAGGUUUAGAAAGAAGGACAGAGAUGACUCACCGGAUCGGUUUAGCGACAAUGAGGAGGACCGGGAUCGUUCAUCUCGCAAUGGUCGGUCAGGAAAAGAGUUCAAAGAUGAAGAGGAGACUGUUACCACCAAGAGUGUACACAUUGUCCAAGCAACAGAGACAACAGCAACACGGAAGAGAGGUGUACCAUCCAAAAAAGUAGACCUGGGGGCUGCUGCUCACUACACAGGAGACAACAGCCCAGAUAUCGCUGCCAAACAGACAGAGCCAGCAGCAGCCACACAGUCGUCCAGUACAGGCCUUGACUUAUUCAUGGUGGACACGGCACCUAGUCAGCCCACCGCCACAGACCUGAUUGGUGGAUUUGCUGACUUUGCCUCUCCUGCUGCCUCUGCUGUAAUGUCUACAGGAUCUGUUGCUUCGCCCUCUAGCACCAAUGGAGAAUUUGGAGAAUGGAAUGCCUUUCCUGGAGGUCAGAUUCCAGCUGCUGCUCAGAGUGUUGACAUCAGUGGAAAUGAUCUUUUUGGACCGAUGACAACAGGUUCUGCUGCUGCCACAGCCCCAGUUUCAGCCGCAACCUCUGGUCCCGCCUCAGCAGACCUGUUUGACUUGAUGGGGCCAACUCAGUCUCUCACCUCUUCCCAGAGUCUAAAUUUUAGCAUGAGCAGCACACAGAGUAUGAGCACCACAGGCUUUCCCCUGUCUAAGUCACAGCCCAUCCAGAACAUUGGGAGUCCUCUACAGCCACAGCCUAUGCAGCAGGGAGUGAUCUCCCACAGUGCAGGAGCCAAAGCAUCUCUUCCAUCCACCUGGUCAGAUCACUCUGUUAACAUCAGUCUGGACUUCUUGGGACAUGGCAUGCCCCCAAAGCCCAGCCAGCCCAGUCUCAACACCCUCCAACAAGGCAAUCAGGCACCUGCCAACAUGCUCUCACAGGGAUUUUCCUCUAUGAGUCUUGGAGCUGCAGCAGUCAGACCACCUGUUAAUCCAAUGAUGCACCCUGCUACUGGAAUGGGGAUGGGUAUGAAUAUGGGCAUGGGCUUAGGCAUGGCCCCAAACCCAAACAUGAUGGGGAUGGGCAUGAACAUGGGGAUGCCUGGUGCGAUGGGGAUGGGGAUGAACCCUGCAAUGGUUCAACACCCCAAACACGACGCCUUUGCUGACUUUGGAAACUUUGGAAAAUGAUGAAACUAGAGAGCAAAGAAUAUCAGGAGUUGUUGCAGUUCCUCUCCGUCCAUUGGUGAAGGAUCGUCAUGAGCUGCAAACAAAGAGUACUUGAAUAAUAUCAACUAUCUUAUCACCAACACCCUGCAAUCUUUCUUUUUUUUUUCUUUUUUAAGCAAUAUGGUCAUAUGGAUCUAAAUGAAUGUGUAUUGAUUGAACCAAUGAUCUGUGUGGUCAGAGAAGGCAGUUUAGAUGGUCACACUGAUGAUACUAUGACUCUUUGGUUGGAUAUUAGUCCGUGAUAAAGUGCCACUGAGAAAAUGUCAGGGGGACUUGCUUUAUAACUUCAAUCAAGUAAAAUCAUAAUAGCAAAAAAAAUUAAUAAAAGAAAAACAUAAAUCAGUAGCUGCAUAAUUUUUGUUGAGAUUUAUUCUCAUUAACUGCCUAAUAAGUGUGGAUAAAACGAUCAGCCAUUUUAACUUUCCAACAGACAUUUAAGAAUGUCAAGUUACCUCCUUUUUUAUUUUUAUCUUUUCCCUUUUUUGAGGCAGUGGUCCUCUGUCUUCCUUUGACCUGUAAAUAGAAAUCUGGAGACCUCAAAAUAAGUUAUAAAGUUCCUAUAUGAGAGGCAGUGACAAUUUGUAUCAUAUAAACCAAAUCUAAAUAUGAAUUAAAACAAGUAACAAUGCACAUUAAUGCGCUCUCUUUGUACAUAAAUGCCCACACUCCAAAUGUGACUGAGCAAGUGGGGUUAUAAUUAUUUUGCAGUGAAAUUUAUUAAUUUAAGGAAUUGCUCCUUUAACAGACCAUUAUUUGUGGCCUUAUUUAGUGGGAAAUAUCUAUAUAUUUUACUUAUGAAGAAUAUUAUCGUUUUGCGUCCAAAUCAGUAGAAAACACCUCUUGCACAGGUUGUGGGUUCUACAUUACUGCACAUGGUGCCUGAAAGACCUUUGCCUCUUUUCUUCAGCUGACCUGGAGGAGGCAGUGGGACUGUGCAGUGGUGACGAUCGCUGCCAGUGGAGCUUCUGUACCAUGUACAAACAAUGUACGUUCAUACUUCGGCCUUAAGCUGAGUGUGCUGUCUGCUAAAUAUCUAAUGCAAAUGAAAUGACUGUUUUUACUUUUAUGUUCAUCCUGUGCAUUUAUUUUUUGUUGUUACCAGUCCAUUCAGACCAGUGAUGGCUUUAGAGCUUCAAAAACACCAGGAUGUGACCUGAGAUUCAUUUAGCGCCAUAAGUGUGGCUUCAGACUGUUAAAACUGUAAAAUGCAUCUGUUAAUGCUGCCUUCCAUCUUUAAUGUUGCAUAUUAAUGCAGCAACUUUGGACAUAUUUCCGUCAUUACCAUUCAUAAAAGUCUGUGUGUAAUGCAACCUAGGUACGGAAGAUUAUGUGAGAAAAGGCACAGACCAGCUGCAUUUUGAACACAACCAGCAUGUGAUGCUGGUUAAAUGAAGAUGUGUUGUGGGUUAGGACAUCAUAAACAGUCCAUUCAGCUGUACAACAGAGAUAUUUUGUGUUACAUGUACAUAAUUCUGCUCCUCUGGUUCAAGUGCCUGCCGAUGGUUGCCUCCUGACCCUUGUAAUGAGUGAUUGAUAAUCAAAAUUGAAUCAUGGCGGCCUGACAUUUUUGAUGCAUCACCAGUGAGAGAAAUUCCCUGACAAUAGGGCAGUGAAGGAUUGAAGUCGUGCUUUCCUAUUCUAAGGGCUCAAGAGGUUGAGCACACUAACUUGUAAUAGCCUCUCAUCGAUGUCUGAAGCAUUAUAAUGACCAAAAUCUCUUUCUCGCUAUUUUUCUAAUGUAUAUCAGUAGAAAUAGUUUAUGCAUUUUGUUUUCUACUUAAACUCAUUCUGGUCCUCUCUAAUAUGGUAUUGUUUCUGAAACACUAGUAUAUUCAGAUGUAUAUUAAAAAAAAUCCUUUGAGAAAAUGAAAUUUUGCAUUAUUCCCAUUCUGAUUUGAUUUAUCCAUCAAGAUUCUUUAUGGACGACAUUAAACCGUUGAUUGAAA